GUCGUUCCGACUGGCACUUGAACGUGGCAUUAGGACCUCGGUAUCCUUGUAGUUCAAUGUGUCGUAGUCAAGGACUGGUCGUAGAAGUGACAAGCUAACCAUAUGAUGCUAGGCUAGUUAGCCUUUGCCGUGUGGUAUUGGUGAGAGGCUGUGGUCCGUGUGUGUAGCUGAAGCCAGCUAGCCAAAAAAGACAAACAAGGAACAACGCUAAGCAAGUCUGAUCAUUGCAUUUAUUUAUUUUCUUUGCGUUUAGGACACAACCAGUUGUUAUCUAGGUCGCUGUCUUGCUAACGUCAACACACUCGGGGUAGUCAAACACAAGCAAAGUAAAAAAACAAACACCAAAACGAGCAAAAAGAGAGCGGUAAAAGCUAGUCACCGAGGUGAACAGACCACACGCGGCAUUGAAGAUGAAUGGCUUAACGAAGAACGAGGGAAUCGCGGGGACGGAGAGGUUCGCCAGCCCGGGGAAAGGCAGGGGACUACGGGCUAUGAAGCACUUCGCCGUCGGAGACCUCGUGUUUGCCUGUCCUGCCUAUUCCUACGUCCUGACGGUGAAUGAGAGAGGAGCGCACUGUGAAUACUGCUUCACCAGGAAGGAAGGCCUCUCCAAAUGUGGGAAGUGUAAACAAGCUUACUACUGUGAGAUUGACUGCCAGAAGGGAGACUGGCCGAUGCACAAGUUGGAGUGUACAGCCAUGUGUUCCUAUGGGGAGAACUGGUGUCCGUCAGAGACCGUCAGACUGGUGGCCAGGAUCAUCAUGAAACAGAAGGUCACAACGGAACGGACACAGUCAGAGAGGCUGUUACUCCUCAGCGAGUUUGAAGCCCACCUGGAUAAGUUGGACAGUGAGAAGAAUGAGAUGAACCAGACGGAUAUAGCUGCACUGCAUCAUUUCUACUCUCGACACAUAGACUUCCCUGAUGACCAAACCCUCACUGUUCUCUUUGGACAGGUAAACUGUAAUGGUUUCACCAUAGAGGAUGAGGAGCUGUCUCACCUGGGCUCUGCUGUGUUCCCUGAUGUAGCAUUGAUGAACCAUAGUUGUAGUCCUAACGUCAUCGUCACCUAUAAGGGGACAGUAGCUGAGGUACGAGCCGUGCAGGACAUCCAGCCUGGAGAUGAGAUCUUCAACAGUUACAUUGACCUGCUCUACCCGACAGACGACAGGAACGAGAGACUGAGGGAUUCAUACUUCUUUACCUGCGUGUGUAAUGAGUGUGCCACACGGUCUAAGGAUGGAGGUAAGAUGGCGCUUCAAAAGUUGAGCUCCCCACAGCCAGAGGAGGUCAGAAAGAUGGUUCACUAUGCCAGGAAUGUUAUUGAAGAGUUCCGUAGAGCUAAGCACUACAAGACCCCUAGUGACCUGCUGGAGAUCUGUGAGUUGAGCCAGGAGAAGAUGAGCUCUAUAUUUGCAGACACUAAUGUGUACGUGCUUCACAUGAUGUACCAGGCCAUGGGAGUGUGUCUGUACAUGCAGGACUGGGACGGAGCCAUGAGCUACGGAGAGAAGAUCAUUCAACCAUACAGUGUCCACUACCCAGCCUAUUCUCUGAACGUGGCCUCCAUGUACCUGAAACUGGGCCGUCUCUACCUGGGACUUGAGAGGAAGACCCAGGGAGUCAAGGCACUAAAGAAGGCGAUCGCCAUCAUGGAAGUGGCUCAUGGGAAGGAUCACCACUACGUAACAGAGGUCAAACAAGAGGUGGAGGAGCUGAAAUAAGGAGGAGGUGAAGAAGAAGAGGAAGGAGUGAGGGAGGAAGAGAGCACAAGGGCUUCUCCAAACCCUGGGUCAAACACAAACUUUUUUUUAAAAAUCUACAAAACUAAACAGCUGCACGGCAUGCAUCCUAUACCUCUCUUUUUAUGUCUAUUUCUCUCCAUCUCCCUCUCGGUCUCUGGUCAAAUCAGUUAUUUUUGUUUGUCAUUGCAGGCAGGCAGUUAACCAGUCAGUGAAAGAGACAAUGUGACCCCAGUAUUUCUGUUCAUCGGUUGUCUUAGACAGUACGUGAUGAGGGUGUUUUUAUGUACUGGGUAGCAGUAUUGCUGUAACUGGCAAGGGCAGUUGUAGUUUUUAGUUUUAGUUAUUGGCCUGGCCUAGCCUCGUAUCUGCCUAAACUGUUAUGAAAAGUGAACUCGUGAAUUUACAAAUUUACGUUUGUAUUAAGCAAUGACGGUUUUCUCUCCUCUCAUACAAGGUAGCAAAGUGAGAGAACAAUACCAAAAAAAUAAAUCAUUAAUUGUUAUGAAUAUGUCCAAACUUUAAAUAAUUUGCGUUUGUCUUGCAACAAAAACCGUGUUGAACAACUUUUGUCCUGUUUUAUAAAAUCAGAAGUGUUGCAUCUCUCA